AUGACUUUGAUUCUUCAAGCAAUGAUUCCAAAUCAAGUUCCAGUGGCGAGCCCGGUUCUCAAGAAGCAUAAGCUGGUUUCCAAUUUGAUUUUGCCUGAAAAUAAUGAAAACAUCAAUAUUCCAAGAUCUCGACAGAAAGAUCUACUAGAUCCUGGUAUGGGUGCUCAUUUCGAGUUUGGGAAGCUAACAAGAUGCAUAUUGGGUCAAGCAAUAAAAGCCAAACAAUUGAAGAAGCUGGGUUGUGUGACGGAAGUUGGGGUUGCAGCAACAGAACAGCAUCGAAUCAGGCAUGAAAACCAGAAAUGCAAUGUUGGAUCCUUAGACAGGUCUGGAAGGAGCAAUGUGACUGCUGCUUCAAAUAACUGUCCCAAUGUCCUUGAAAAGCAAGUUAACCAUGCCAAGCCACUGGAACUACUACGCCAAAUGAAAAGGACCAAGGGGAAGAGCGGAGUUUAUCUGUUUAAGAAAACCCAUAUAUUCCUUUUUCAUCAGUCUGAUCAGUUAGUUUCUUCUUCAUAUUUGACUUUACCCUCUGUCCUAUCAGAAGCCCAAUAG